AUGGUAUACGUGUUUUUUUGUUCACUUCGUGAUCGUAGAAAAUUGGAUGCGAACAAAAAUAUUGCUCGUUUAGUUAUUUUUCGUGGUUUAUGUUUAGUUGGAAUAACAGCUGCAGAUCCAAGUACAUUAUCAGUGGCAAUAAAACAAUCUGAACAAUCAAGUUGGCCAAAUUCUGGAAAAGGUAUUUGGAUUGGUUUAUUUGUAAUAGUUGUUGGAGUUUUUACAUUAAUUACUGUUAAAGAAAAAUCUCAUAGUUCAUUUCAUGUAUUACUUCCAUAUACAUGGGUAGCUAUUAUACUUUGUCUUUUUGGUUUAUUCACGUCAAUUACUGUUAUUCAACGUUAUAUAAAACAUCCAACUUUAUCUGAUAAAACUAAAAGAAUAUGUUGGACAGUACCCAAUUUUUGUGCUAAAUAUCAAGGUCCAAUGCCUGAAGUAUUUAAUCGAGGAAGACCUAAUUCAAUAAUAGAAAUUCCUCUUCAAGCAUCAGGAACUCUUCUUUCACCACCAAGAAUUAUUCAAUCACCGCGUUAUCGCAGACGAACUUCUUAUAUUAUAAAUAGAGCUUAUAUUUCAUCAUAG